UAAGACGUCGCAAGUGAUCGCAAAACAGAUGACUAAUGUGAUGCAGUAUUGUAUGUAUAAAUAGUUCUACGACAAUGGUUUUGUGAGUAACGUACUCCCGAUAUGACGAGAUAAGUCAAGGCUUAAGGAAGCUUCAACGUUGCAAAGAUAAAAUCUUGCGAGUUUUCGAUAAAAUAGUAACACCUUCGCCGACAGAAGAGAAACAUUACCAUUGCACUGAACGGCAGGUCGUACUUCUUAAGUUAUAUAGAGACAAUGUCGCCGUCGGUCGAACCGUUGCCAAUUCAGAAAUUGGACACACUCUUAGCGCAAGCUCUUGGUAAUGAUCUUCGAAUAAAGCACCUCGAAUGGAAACCUCUAACCGCGCCGGGGGAAAAUUUUGGAAGCGUCAUGCUGGCCAUCACUGUCACUCUAACGCGACCAAGCAACAAAACGGUGACUCUGACUCUAGUGGCGAAACUUCCACCUACUUCCGCCUAUUUAUUGGACUUGUUCAACAGUCCAGUGACGUUCAAGAAGGAGCUACACUUCUACGACAUGAUGGCAAAGGAGUUCAUUAAUCUUCAGAUAGAAAAUGGUCUGAGCGAGAAGGACCUAAACAGCCUCGUGCCAAAGUUCAUUGCAGGGAGGAUAGGCUUGAAAAAUCCAAGAGAAUUUGACGAACAGGCAGUCAUCAUUUUGGAGAACCUGAAAUUCAGUGGCUACAACACGGAGGAUCGAAUUUUUGGAUUGGACAGGAAGCACACGGAAUUUGCAAUCGAUAACCUGGCCAAGCUACACGCUCUCACCAUUGCAUUGAGAAUGAAGAAACCUCAAUUGUACGAAAGAAUAGCAGCGGAGGUGUUGGUGGAGAUUUCAAACGAGACGACAGAAAAAUGUGUGAACGACAUGGUGAAGAAAACUCAAUCGAACUUUGAGAGUAUAGAGGAAAUAAAACCGUAUUUGGAUCGAAUUAACAGGACCAUAGAGCGCAAUGACCAAGCGAAGAAUAAUCCUGAAAAACUCGAAGAACCAUGGCCGACAUUGAUUCACAACGACUUCUGGGUGAACAACAUGAUGUUUCGACACAAUGAGAAAGGAGAACCAGUCGAUAUGAAGAUAGUAGACUUUCAAUUGUGUUUACGUGAUUACGGUAUGAAAGAUCUCAUCUUCUUUCUCAUAUCAAGCGCAAAUAAAGAGAUUUUGGACAACAAUUUAGACGAUAUGUUCGAGUUGUAUUAUUCCUGUUUCAUUAAAAUGUUAAAGAAGUUGAAUGUGGACACGGAAAGAUUUUCAAAGCAGAAGUUCGACGAAAUUCUCAAUCGCUGUGGGCCUGAAAAAUUCUCUCAAUGCGUCAUGAUGGUCCAAGUAAUUCAAGCGCCUAAAAGAAAUUCCUCAGAGUCGAAAAGUAUGGAAGGCAGCGACGUUUUCGUAAAUAUAUCUGACGAUGAAAUAUAUAGGCAAAAAUUGACGCACAUUGUGACUCUAUUUGAUAAAAGAGGUUGGCUGCUAAAAUAAUAUUAUCGCCGUAGUAUUUUAUCUUAUUAAAUAUUCAAUAGUAGAAGUUUUCAUGGAAGUCACAAAGUACAAAAUAUUUUGUUGAAUGAAUGUUAUAUACAUGAAUGUUAAUAUAUGAUGCAAUGUUAGAAUUUGUGUAAGAUACUUUUAUACAAAAGUGUAUAUAAAUUGUUACGUUAAAAAAGUUAGAGAUUUGUAGAGUAUGAGAAUUUAAUGUCAAAGAAACACCAAAUACGUUCUUAUGAGAACCUUAUAUUGUUAGGCUUUAAAAUACAAGUACAUAGUUGUUUAAAAGUCAAAUUCGAACAUAGCACGGGUAUUCAUUCUAUAAUUUUAGACACUUGCCUCACGUUGCUUUGUACAUAUACUUGUUUUUCGAAAUAAAGAGUCUAUUUUAUUAUAUAAACACAAU